ACACACUGUAAAACAUCGUACGUCGUACUCCGUUAUUAAGAUCAUCAAACAACCUCCUGCAACCUGCAAAUUCAUGGCUACUGCUUGUCUCACUUGGUUCUCCAGGAGGCCACUGCAAAUUAGGGGGUUAGCUGCAUAUUGUGGGAGUGGGAGAUGUUACACGAAGACAAAACAUUUUGAGUGGUCGAAUGUGGUCGAAGUGGAGGGGCCGGCGGCGAAGAGAGGUUGCUGGGUACCUGAUCCUCGUACAGGCAUAUACUUCCCUGAAGGCCAUGAGAGGGUCCUGGAUGAUAUUCCAAAUGCUGCUGCCACUUCAACUCAAACUUACUGGUUAAGAAAUGUUGAUGAUGGAGUUGACACAUCAAGCCCUAGCCCUCACCCUUACCCUCACCAUCCCAAUCAACAACAACCGAACGAUUAAAUAUGAAGUUAUUAUGUACCUGAUGAGCGUGUCUUUAUGUUAAAAAUUAUAUAUAGUUCAUUAGUAACAAAGACACUACUUAUAUAA